AUGACCAGAAGACAGAUGAGAAAGACAGAGUUGCUACCUAUCCUCUGUUACCUUCUGCUUCUGUGUUUUGUUCCAUCAACGGCUACCAGCCUGAUUACAGCGAAUGUGUUCGAAGCCAGAGGUCAACAACGUGUGUGCAGGGUCGGCAAGGGGAGGCCGUGUUAUAAGCUGGCGUAUUUCUCUGAGCCCCGGCGACGGCUAAACUUUGGAGAUGCGGAGCUUGCUUGCCGCCGGGACGGAGGCGAGCUGCUGAGUGUGGAGUCAGCAUCUGAGCAGAAGAUCAUAGAGCAGCUCAUUACGGAGCUCCGCCCAUCUGAUGGAGACUUCUGGAUCGGCCUCCGCCGUAACCAUGGAGACCAUGACAGCAGCGCUGACUGCUCCUCACAGUACUACUGGGUGGACAGCAGCACGUCUACAUUCAGGAACUGGCAUUGGGACGAGCCGUCGUGUGGGUAUGAGGUGUGCGUUGUAAUGUAUCACCAGCCAUCUGCGCCCCCUGGAGAUGGGGGAAUGUACAUGUUUGAGUGGAACGACGACAACUGUGAAACUAAGAACAACUUCAUCUGCAAAUACAGUGCAGACAACACACUGGGGCCCUCCCCAUCUCCCAACUACACCCAAACAGAUGCCUUGCCUACUUCCAUGCUUCCCUGGAAUCCAACCGACCACAAACAGGAUGGGAGUACAGCGCUGAAUUUGAUUUACAUCAUUAUUCCCACCAUACCUCUGCUGCUGCUGCUACUGACGGUGACUGGAGUCUUCUGCUGUAAGCUUCUUCUCAGAAGAAGGAAGAAAUCAGAAGUGUGCCAGACUGAUCCAAGCCUCUGUCCCAGCCCCUCCACCACUGAUGUCUACAAUGUAAUCCGCUCCCAGAAGGAUGACGACCUGGCGGCAACACGCCCACACACCAAAAACACCUCUUUCUUAUGUUCUUCCCCCGACACACCGACUGGGGAUUAUGACAACCUUGGGGGUCGGGACACAGAGAGCGGCUUUGUGACGCUUGCCAGCACGGAAAGCGGGUACCUUAACUUUGACCUUAAUGACCUCAGCCUCGGGCGUCGCGGUGCCCGUGACUUCUACGACACCAGCCUGGGCCGCUCCGGUAAGAGAGACCUGUGUGACACCAGCCUGGGACGCUCUGGAAAGAGAGACCUGUGUGAAACCAGCCUGGGCCGCUCCGGAAAGAGAGAUCUGUGUGACACCAGCCUGGGCCGCUCCAGAAAGAGAGACCUGAGUGACACGAGCCUGGGCCACUCCGGAAAGAGAGAUCUGUGUGACACCAGCCUGGGCCGCUCCAGAAAGAGAGACCUGAGUGACACGAGCCUAGGCCACUCCGAAAAGAGAGACCUGAGUGACACCAGCCUGGGCCUCUCUGGAAAGAGAGAUCUGUGUGACACCACCCUGGGUCACUCCGAAAAGAGAGACCUGAGUGACACCAGCCUGGGCCACUCUGGAAAGAGAGACCUGAGUGAAAGUAGUCUAGGUCGUCGGAUAACAAAAAGCGAACACCGUGGCAGCAGUGUCUACAUUGACCUUGAGAUGUAUGAGGGGAGUUUAGUAGGGAGGAGUGACAUUUAUGAUGCUCGUCUGGGAAGCGGAGGGCACACCUUGAAGGCUGACCUCUAUCAGACUUACAUGACCGAUGGCAAGGACGACAAUUACCAAACCAGCCUGGGGUAUUAUGGAAACCGCAAGUCUUACCAAGCAAAUAUGGAUUGCUACAGAAAUGAUCGAAGUCUUACUGGUGGUAGGAGAUACUUCAGUGAAGCAGAGUGGGUCAAGAGUGCGGGCUACUGA